AUGAGAGAGGGGCUGACAGGGCGGGAGCAGAACUGGAGGUGCCAGAGGCCUGUGCCCGGCAGCAGAGGCCUCCAGGACACGUGGCAGCCCAUGAAGCUGCCCUGCCGAGGGCCAGGGCCUGUGCUCCGGACACUCCUCAGGGCCGACACCUGCCGGGCUUGGCGCCUCCACCUGGGCCUAAGGGUCUUGGAGUCUAACUGGGAUGUAAGGGCAAAGCAGCGCCCUGGUGGCAAGGCUGGCACCUUGCUCACCGUCUACCUGUGUGGCUACCGCAAGCCUGCUGAUUCGACCCUGAGCCUCCUUUGCCUUCUUCCCUUCGGCAGGCGAGUUCAGAAUGCCCACACGGGCCUCGACCUGACCGUGCCUCAGCACCAGGAGGUGCGGGGCAAGAUGCUGUCAGGCCACGUGGAGUACCAGAUCCUGGUGGUCACCCGGCUGGCCGCGUUCAAGUCGGCCAAGCACAGGCCCGAGGAUGUCGUCCAGUUCUUGGUCUCCAAAAAGUACAGCGAGAUUGAGGACUUCUACCAGAAACUGACCAGUCGCUACCCGGGGGCCAGCCUGCCCCCGCUCCCCAGGAAGGUGCUGUUUGUCGGGGAGUCUGACAUCCAGGAGAGAAAGGCCGUGUUCAAUGAGAUCCUGCGCUGUGUGUCCCAGGACGCGGGGCUGGUGGGCAGCCGAGAGCUGCUAGAAUUCUUAGGCACCAGAUCCUCGGGGGCUGCAGAUCUCAUCAGCAGAGAUUUCUCUGUCCUGGAUGCAGACAGCCAGGCAGGGGACGAUGGGGAGGCUUUCAGCUUCUUCGAGCAGCAGGACCAACGGCCGGGUGAGGGCCCCCCCAUCCUGGGCCUGAAGAUGGAUGAGGCGGGGCAGUCGGCGGAGCAGGAGGAGGACGAGGAGGAAGCGCUGGACCCGCUGGGCAUCAUGCGCUCCAAGAAGCCCAAGAAACUCCCCGAAGCGGCCCCGAAGGCCAAGCCCUCACCCCGGCUCACCAUCUUUGAUGAAGAGGAGGACCCGGACGAGGCCCUGUUUGGCCCGAGCAGGAAGCUGGCCCCCCAGGGCCCUGCGGGGGACUCCCUGAAGUUGUUUGAUGAUCCUGACCUCGGUGGGGCCGUCCUCCUGGGUGACCCCCUGCUGCUGCCAGCGACCCCAGAGGGUGGACGGCCCUCCUCCCUCCUGGACCGCAGGGACACUGCCGGGGAGCUGCUCAGAGUUGAAGAGGACUUGGAGCAGAUUCUGAACCUGGGGUCUGAGUCCCAGCUCCGGCCCAAGCCCCAGCCCAGGUCCAAGCCGCCCGUGGCCGCUAAGCCAGCGCUUCCCAGCAAGCCCAUGCCCCCGCCCAGGGCGGCUCCCGCCAAAGCUGUGGCCAAGCAGCAGCAGCAGAUCCAAGCCAUGGACGAGGUGGACAUCUUGCAGUACAUCCGGGACCAUGACACGCCCGACCAGGCAGCCCCCAGCCUCUUCUGACCCCCACCUUCGCUCUGGGGGUGUGAGAGGGUGGAAGCCCCCAGAUCCUAGGACCCUGUACUGCCACGUUGCUUUUUCUCGUGGCCUGUGGGGUCAGGGGUCCCUGCAAGGUGCGGAGACCAAGGUCCCCAUCGGAAUUGGAGCCCAAAUUAUCUCAGCCACAUGGAUGCGGAGGGGAGUACUGAUGGGGAGGCGCAGCCAACCCGGAGCCAGCCCCGGGAUGGAGUUGGGGCCCACCCGUGCGCACGGCUCUGCCCGCCCCCCAACACAGGAAGGGAGUUAGCUGACCCUGGUGCAGGGACUCCCUUUGUCGAGCUUCUCGGGAGUCUCUGGCAGCAGAGCCCCUGGGGCCUGCAAGCUCCCGGACGGCCUGCAGAGCAGCGAUGCCUGGCUGGGGCGGGGUCCUUGAGCCACCGAUCGCUACCUGAGCAGGGUGCUUACCCAGCUCUCCCCUGGUGGGCACAGAGGGCUGGCAUGCCCAGGUCUGCCUCGCUGCUCCGGGAGGCCUGGUCGCCAUGUGCUUGGGGCUUCCGGUCUCAGGACCCACGGCCCCUGGCAGCUCCGCGCAGAGAGCGUCACGCGUCCAGCAGCUCUGCAGGCCAGGCCCCUCGGGUGAGGCCGUGUGCCCUCCAGUGCCACCUGUCCCGUGUGGGCACCCUCCCUGUCCUCCAGGGCUGCCGUGCUCGCGUCCCUUCCCCAGUGGGCACCUCAGGGAGGAGCCCUGUGCCUUAGCCACCCCGGGGUGGCCCGGGGAGCGGUGCUCAGGGUCGCUUCGGUGACGAUGUUAUUGGAGCAGAGACUGUCCGCUGUAUUCUGCACACUCAGAGCCAGUUUUUAAUGAAACACUAUUGUUUUUAACGACAUAUAACCACGUUGCCCCUUGACUCAUCCUCCUUGAUGGAGGCGUUGGAAGGGGGUUUGCUGGGGAAUAGGGCCCCAGACCCUCUCCUAAUUGUGGCCUGUUACAGCCGCCCCGAGGGAGCCCUCCUCAGCCAAGGGCUGCUUGCUGCUGGCGGGGGCCGUGAGCCCCUCUGCCUGCCCGUGCUGGGUGCUGUGGGACAGUCGCGUGAGCUGGUCUCCUCCGCCCAGGCCCUCACCAGCCCCUGGUCAGCUGUCCAGCCCUGGCAGGCCCCUCCUCUGUGCCAGAGUGAGAGGAGACAGGUGGUUCUUCUCUCUGCCUUACCCAGGGCCCCCUUGCCAGGGCUCUGAGCUGACUGCGCAGCCUCAGCCCAGCACCUGUGCCCACUUCUCUCCCACCCCCACCCCCAAUCCCUGUCCUGCAACUAGAAGCAGACUCCUGCCCAGUACAGCGCUGCACCCUGCGGGCUGCAGGAGGGCCUGGAAGGAGGCGCGAGGGCACCGGCCAGCUCCGGGCCCCUCCCUGUUCUCUCUGCCCCUGCCAGCUCCCCGCCCCCCCCCCCAGCAUGUGACACAGGAACCCGGGGCCCCUCCAGGCCACCUGGGAGCCCUCCGCUCCCUGCCGGUUCCUGCUCAGCAGCCCGGCCCUCCAGGCCCUCCUGAGGACCCGCGCUUCCAGUCGGGUGCUGGAGCCACACGUCUGUGCCCUGCUGGCCCAUCAGUGGUGCCCGUGUUCCAAUAAAGGUGGCCAGUGACCCAGCCCAGCCUUUGCUGGUGGCAUUCUUUUCGUGCCUGACAGGGCGCGGUGUGGUCGUCAACAGCGGUUUCCUCACGUGGAGCUGCCCUUGAAGCACCC